UUCCAGAGGUCAUACACGUUAAUAGUCGAAGCAUGGGACCAAGAUAAUGCAACAGCUGACGAAGGGCAACUGAUUGAGCGAGCUGCUCACACAGGAAUGAUCAACCCAGGGGCCCAGUGGAUGACCUUGCAGCACCACGGAGCCGUGGCUCACUUUGAAUACAGCAUCCGUGUGAAGUGUGAGGAAUAUUACUACGGCACUGCCUGCAACAAACUCUGCCGGCCCCGUGACGAUGUGUUUGGUCACUUUGUUUGUGACCAGAAUGGGAACAAACUGUGUAUGGAAGGCUGGAUGGGGAGCGAAUGUACUAAAGCUAUUUGUAAACAAGGCUGCCAUUCGAUCCAUGGGGGAUGUAAAGUUCCUGGAGAAUGCACCUGUCUGUACGGGUGGCAAGGGCAGUUCUGUGACGAGUGUAUCCCGUACCCAGGAUGUGUCCAUGGGACGUGUGUCGAGCCAUGGCAGUGUAACUGUGAAACCAACUGGGGAGGGCUGCUGUGUAACAAAGACUUGAAUUACUGUGGGACACACCAUCCGUGUAUCAAUGGAGGAACUUGUAUGAACACAGAACCUGACGAAUACCAGUGUGUUUGUCCUGAAGGGUAUUCUGGCAAGACCUGUCAUAACGCUGAGCAUGCUUGUGUGUCCAACCCGUGUGUGAACGGAGGGACCUGCUACGAGCUCCCAUCUGGGUUUGAGUGCCGUUGUGCUUUGGGUUGGAAUGGAACAACCUGUGAGCUUGACAUAAACGAAUGUGUGUCCAGCCCUUGUGCACAUGGUGGGACUUGUAUUAAUCAUGUCAAUGGAUUUGAGUGCAUCUGCCCUGAGCAAUGGAUCGGGAAAACUUGCCAGCUGGAUGCUAAUGAAUGUGAGAUGGAGCCUUGCGUUAAUGCUUAUUCUUGCAGAAACUUGAUUGGUGGAUAUUACUGUGACUGCUUCCUGGGAUGGUCUGGACAAAACUGUGACGUCCAUAAUGACAUCUGCCAUGGACAGUGUCAGAAUGGAGGGACGUGCAAGCACGACAGUGUGUACAGUUACCAGUGCAUCUGCCCGCGUGGAAUUGUCGGCAGAAAUUGUGAAUUCAAAAUGAACGAAUGUGCAAGCAAGCCUUGUUUGAAUGGAGGCCGGUGUCAGGGUCUGAUCGGUGGGUUCCGCUGUCACUGCGUUCAGGGUUACGCAGGAACCUUCUGUGAGAGAAAAGUCAAUUAUUGUGAUCCAAACCCAUGUCAGAAUGAAGCAAAAUGUUACGUUCUCGGUGAAGAUUAUUACUGCGCAUGCCCCGAGGACUACGAAGGGAAGAAUUGCUCGUUUCUGAAGGACCACUGCAGAUCCGCACCUUGCCAAGUGAUCGACAGCUGUACUGUGGCAGUCUCCAGCAAUGCCAGUCAGGGUGGCAUCCGUUUUAUCUCAUCCAAUGUCUGUGGUCCUCGUGGCAAGUGUAUCAGUCAGCCCGCCGGGAAUUUUACUUGUGCCUGUGACCGAGGCUUCACUGGAAUGUACUGCCAUGAAAAUAUCAAUGAUUGCACAUUGAAUCAAUGUAAAAACGGAGGCACAUGUAUUGAUGGGAUCGAUUCCUUCCAUUGUAUUUGCCCCGAUGGGUGGGAAGGUGAACUGUGUGAAAUUGAUUUCAAUGAUUGCAACCCUAACCCCUGCCACAACGGUGGCCGAUGUGUGGAUGGAGUGAAUGAUUUCCACUGUGAAUGUAGGAAUAACUGGAAAGGAAAGACUUGCCACUCCAGAGAGAACCAAUGCGAUGAAAAUACCUGCAGUAAUGGUGGCACGUGCCAUGACGUGGGAGAUACCUUUCGAUGUGCGUGUGCUCCCGAGUGGAGUGGGAGUACCUGUAAUCUUGAUAAGAAUGACUGCAACCCUCACCCAUGCUACAAUGGAGGCAUCUGCGUGGAUGGUGUGAAUUGGUUUCGAUGUGAAUGCGCUCCAGGCUUCGCUGGACCAGACUGUCGGAUCAACAUCGAUGAAUGUCAGACGUCCCCUUGUGCUUAUGGAGCCACUUGUGUGGAUGAGAUUAAUGGGUACAGGUGCAUCUGCCCUCCUGGAAGAGCAGGUCACAGAUGCCAAGAAGUCAUCGGCUUUGGGAAGUCAUGCUUUAUAUCGGGACAGUACCAUCCGCAUGGAAUCCGAUGGGAACAGGAGUGUAACACCUGUCAGUGCCUGAACGGCAAUGUGAACUGCACAAAGGUAUGGUGUGGUCAGAAAUCUUGCUUGUUGUAUGACAGAGCUGGCCAUGAGAACUUCAUGUGCCCAGAGUCCCAGCAGUGCCAGGCCAGCCCACGGCUCAAGUGUUUCUCUCCUCCAUGCACCGACUGGGGAGAGUGCAACGCCUUAAACUCUCCUCCUGUUGACUCUAAAUGCCACCCCAACACUGGCCAGCUGAACAACAACUGUGCAAAGAUCACACUCAUCUUUAAUAAGGAGAAGAUUCCGAAGGGCAUCACUGUGGAAUAUAUCUGCUCAGAACUGAGGUAUCUACCAGUUCUGCGGAGCCUUUCCAAGGAGCGGACUCUGUUUGUGUUGUGUGACCUCGCUAACAGCUCUGACAGUGCAGUGGAAGUGGCCAUUUCAUUUACCCAACACGGUGAGGACCGGGAUGGGAUCCUGAUCCGGGAGGCAGUCACAAAAAUUGUCGACAAUGUGACCAAGCGACAGAACAGCACGAUGAUGCUCGCAGUCAUCGAGGUGAAAGUAGAGACGGCUUAUGUUCCUCAUUCCCAGCCAGCGUAUCUGAUUCCAGUGCUCAGCGUGGCAUUCGGAAUGGUGUGGCUGAUCUGUAUCAUCAUCUGCAUCUGGUGGACCCGCAAACGGAGAAAAGAGCGAGAGAGAAGCCGGCCGUCCAUGGAUGACAUGGUGAACAAUCAGUGGGAGCCCCUGAACCCCAUCAGGAACCCCAUCGAUAAACCCUGCAGCAACAAAGACCUUCAGUGUGAAUGCAAAAACUUAAUGGCUCCUUGCAGCCGGACCCUAAUGGCAAGAGAGGAGGUGGAGGAGGAGUUGGGGGUGGACAAAUGCGCCUCCCAAAGGUGUACAAUUACAUUCUUGCCAGCAAAAGGCGAUGUUAAAUCUUCACCGUUGACUCCAGUCAAACAGGUGCAUCGAAUGGGCAACAGGGAGAAACACUGCCUAAAAAAUGUGAACUCUUCAAAUUGUGAAGGAGGUAAGGAUCUUUCUGUAUGAACCUACGGGAGAGUUGUUUUGUGCCUAAGAGUUUUUUUUUAAGAAAAAGAGAGAGAGAAAAGGAGGAGGAUAAAUUAAGAGAAAUUCUCCUUUUACCUCCUUGUCCCAUUGAGACUGAAACCAUCUCUUGAAGUCUUCAUGGUCAGUGAGUGUCUCUUUCUUUUAUCUUUUGGUGUGUGUAUAAAGCAUUAUUUACCAAGUGUCUCUUUAAAUCUUGUAUAAAUUAUUUGUGACUUGUUCAGUGUCAAGAUCUCUUUGCCAGUUGCUAUAUUGUGUGUUAUUGUCUCUCCUCCUAAAUGGUCAUUGGAGGAGGGUAGCACCCUUGUGUGUCCCUUAGCAACAGAAAAGGAGGAACCAAGCUUAUUAUUCAGUGUCCUCCCAUUUUACACCAAAUGCAUUGUUUACAUAGGUUUUGUCGUGGUCCUCUUCUUUCGCAGUACUUGAGCGUUAUGUUCCUGUUCCCCAACGAGGUGUUUUCGAUGUUCAGUCAAGCAAUUGGCCUGAUCUUUUGGGUGACCUUUCACCUUAUUUGCCCAAAGCUACAUUGGUGACAGUUGCCUGCUGUUGGGUCAGAUUUUGGGGAAGGGCUGGGACAGGGUUGGGGUGAGAAGUGGAGAUUUGUAGACUUUAUCAGCGUCACAGUCGUGGCUCAUGCUGACAGAGUUUGUGCCUUCAGUGAAUGUGCUGUUGUUUUUCAUCAAGCCCUCACCUCCAGCUUUCUGUUUCUGGGAAAUUGGUGACUUGCUAGACUUUGGGGAGCAGAAAAGGGGAAAAAUGAGAUUUUAUAUAUUGAUGAGAGGGGAGUGGUGAUAAGGCAAAGAGGAGCUGUGCAAUGAGUCUGAACUUGUCCCCUUCAUUGAUGACUGUCAAAAUAGUCAAGAGGGGAGUGAUUUCCCAGGAUUCCAACCUUAACAAGUAAAGGUAAGGAAUGGAAUAGGAGACAAUAGCUUCAAUAGAUGUGUCUUCUGCAAAUAUUAGGAUCGGAGGAAGGAGUUGGAGGGGUGGGAGGAGCAAUUUCUUGACAGGGAAAAUACCACAGGAUCAAAGUGCCUUGUUUCUUUCUGUCUGGUCUUCUAAAGGACGUGAAUUUAUCCACAAGGUUUUUCUCUCCCUCUCAGUAUAUCUUGAAGGAAGCUUUGUGUGACAGGUUGCCUUAGAAGGGUGCGGUGGAGUCCCCUUAUUUUUGGUUUUAGUUUAAUUUUGUAUGCAGUGAGAUCCCACAGAGAGCAACCGGCCUCAUGACCCAGAGUGACCCCGCUCUCUAGUCACCAGGAGCUGGGAACGAUUACAGUAUUGGAGUGGCCAGUGCCUGAAGGUUGAAUUGCUAUAGCAACUGUCAAAGACUGUCCUGCUGAUUUUUGAUUUUUUAUAUAAAUAAAUAAAUAUAAAUGACAAGGUGAACUAUGUACCUUCCUUACUGUCCAAUAAUAAAAUAAACAAUUGUAAGUGUAUGAUCAAAGCUUCUGUAUAUAUGUAUAUACUUAAGGAAUCGAUGUGUAUAUUUGAUUAAAUAAUUUAAGAUAGAUAUUAAUACAAGUUUUUUUUUGUUUAAAUGCCAUUCCUUAAUUUAUAUUGAAAAGGAACUUUCAUGGCAUUUUUCUUACAAGCGGGCACACAGACACAUCUUUUACUCUAGUAUUCCAUUCAAAACCUUGAAGUUCACAAUUGGCUAAACACAUUUUCUUUAGUUUAAAAAAAAAAUGCCCAAACUGUAAGUAGAUUUGGCGUGCUUUCAAUCUCUGCUUCUGCAGUCUGACCCAUUGCUUGCACAUCAUCAUUCCCACAAACUGGGAAUACUCCCCCCCCCCCCCCCCCCCCCCGGCCCCCAGGUUCAUUUCCCGAGAAGGUUGUUAUCGGGGAAGGUGGAGAGUGAAGUGGGAGUGGCUGCUUGUGUUUAGAUCUGGCGAAAAUUCCGAAUCACCCAAAAUUGAAAGCUGGGAUUUCUCUUUUCUCUUUUACAACAAAAAAGUGAAAAUUCAUGUGUUCAGGUCACUGAAAACACAAGAAUUUGGUCUGAUUGAUAUAUUCAGUGACCGACAGAAUUAAAGAGACAUGUCCAAAUCUCUCCUCCAAUGCAGCCUGUGUUCAGCUCUUAGUGAUGGUGCAAAGGCAGAACAGCUUUUUUUGAUAUUUGUGGCAAGAGUGUGAUUGUGUGCUCAGACAGAACUUUUCAAAACUGUUCAGUUACAUCGUAGGGCUAAAUUAAUUGAGCUCUACAUGUCAAGUGUUUCCCCAGCCACACUGGUACCCCAAUUCCCACCUUCAAAUGUUGCAGAAUGUUUAAUUCUGGUCUUGGAAUGUUGGAGAGCACAUUGUACAGAAACACUGGUGCUCAGGCCUUUACUCCGUGGGUAUAUUCACCAGCUCUCUCCUGGGGCGGGGUGUUAAAACCCAUUAUGCAAACAUAAAAGGGAAUGUAUUUCUGCUUUGAGCAGAGGAAAGAAUGAAGGGAACACUUUAUUUGUUUUAUAUAUCUUAGUUUGUUUUUUUUUAUUUUGCUUUGUUCCAGCACAGACACUAAUGGGUGAUAUGUUCCACCCUGUGACAAAUUACCCUUAUACAGAAGAAAUGGUUUCAAUUCAAAACAAGGAAACAAAAAAUAUGUGGCCUUAUAUUCUUUUGGUUUCUCCUCUGGACUUAAUUGUAAAUUCAUUUGGGUUAAAUCCAAACCAUCAUCACCCAACACAAGUGCCCAUAAUCUUAUUCUGAUUUCACUGCUGCAGGGUUUAUAUAUAUUUAUAUACAUAUAUGUGUGUGUGUGUAUAUAUAUAAAUAUAUAUAUGUAAAAUAUAUAUUUGGCUAUGGAUUCAUUUUGAUACUAAAUACUUAAUGGGCAAACUGUGACAUUUUCUUUCUGAAUUAUGGAUGAGAGCUUUUGUUUUCUGAAUCACGUGGCAUCUUUAUUGAUGUCAAUUACACAGCAGGAGGCUGGAAAAAUAAUCCCGUUCAUGAAAUGGGGUGAAAAAAACUUUUAAAAAUGCGGGCUGGCUGAUUUAAAAUGAAAAUGACAAGAACAAUUUAUGUACGGACUCGAAAUAAAGUUGUAAUUUUUUUUUGUAAAAGGACGCUCGCAUUGCCCUGCAGAAGUCCUGUGUUCAUUUAGAGCAUUUUGUUUGACAUGUUCUUAGAGAUAACUUUAAAAAAAAAACUAUUUAUUAAAGCGUUUUAUAUUAACGUC